AUGGCAUCACCGGCCACUCCAAAUACGAUGGACCCCGAUCACUACAACACCUACAUCUCCCACAUGCGCCAGCAGCAGUAUCCCAUGCUCUCAGGACCCUCCCCCGAAACAAUCUACCUCGACCAUGCCGCCGCGACCCCCGCCGCUCGUCUUUUGCUCGACCGCUUCCAUUCUUCUAUGCUGGGGAGUUUGUACGGAAACCCGCACUCCGCUUCCCCUUCGUCGAUGAAUUCUUCGCAAAUGGUUGAGCGGGUGCGGCAGAGGGUGCUGCGGUUUUUCGGCGCGGAGACGGGGGAGUUUGAUGUGGUUUUUGUGGCCAAUGCUACGGCGGGGGGGAAGUUGGUGGCGGAGGGAUUGCGCGAGGGCGAGGGGUUCGGGUAUGUGUAUCAUGCGGAUUCGCAUACGAGUCUUGUUGGGGUUAGGGAGGUUGCGAAGGACUCGCGGUGUGUGGGGGAUGAAGGGGUGGAGGCGUGGUUGAGGGAGUUGGAAGAGGGGGAGUUGGAAGAGGGGGAGGGAGGGGAGGGGAGGAUGUUGUUCAGCUGGCCGGCGCAGUCGAAUAUGAACGGUCGCCGGUUGCCGAUGGAGUGGUGUGGACGGGUGAGAGAGACUGCGAGGAAGGGUGGGAGGGAGGUUUUCACGUUGUUGGAUGCGGCGGGAUUGGUCUCGACUUCGCCGCUGGAUUUGAGCGAUGCGGAUGCGGCGCCGGAUUUUACUAUUCUGAGCUUCUACAAGAUCUUUGGCUUCCCGGACUUAGGUGCCGUGAUCGUGAAGAAGUCAGCAGCGCACAUCUUCGACCGACGGAAGUUCUUCGGUGGUGGAACGGUGGAUAUGGUCGCUUGUAUGGGCGAGCAAUGGCAUGCAAAGAAGUCUGGAGAACUGCAUGAUCGGCUUGAAGACGGGACGUUGCCGGUGCAUAGUAUUCUUGCUUUGGACGCCGCGCUGGAUACGCAUGAUGAGUUGUUCGGGAGUCUGGAGAGGGUUUCGAGACAUACUGCUAUGCUUGCGAAGGAGCUUCAUGAUGGCCUGACGGCGCUGAAGUAUGCGAAUGAGAGGGCGGUGUGUAAGGUCCACAAGCAUGCUGCAUCUACGUACGGCAAGAGGAAGACUCAGGGACCGAUCGUGGCGUUCAACCUGCUCGAUGCGCAUGGUGACUGGGUCAGCAACUCGGAGGUAGAGAAGCUGGCUACGAUACAUAACAUUCAUCUACGGACGGGAGGUGUGUGCAAUCCUGGCGGGAUUGCCUCAGCGCUCGAUCUGGCGCCUUGGGAGAUCAAGGAGAACUUUUCGGCCGGCCAUCGAUGUGGGAGUGAGGACGAUGUGCUGAAUGGGAAGCCUACGGGUGUUGUACGUGUGAGUCUGGGCGCCAUGAGUACAAUGGGCGAUGUCGAACGGUUUCUGGAGUUUGUGCAGGAAUUCUUCGUGUGCAAAGUGCCACCGGAGCCAGCGCCUAUGCCUUGCCCGGUACGGGGACCACAGCAGAGGCUUUAUGUGGAAAGCUUGACGGUGUACCCGAUUAAGAGCUGCGGCGGCAUGCGUGUACCGUGUGGCACGAGCUGGGAGAUCCGAUCAGAAGGACUGGCAUGGGAUCGGGAAUGGUGUGUCGUUCACCAAGGCGCUGGAAAAGCACUCAGUCAGAAGCAGUAUCCACGAAUGGCGCUCCUCCGACCACACCUAGACUUCAAAUCUGGCAUGCUACGAUUGACCUUCGCAGGCGGUGGCAACGAGAUCUCAGUCCCGCUCUCCAGGAACCCAGCCCUCUACACCGAACCCCUCAAACCACGCAACGCGUCCGUCUGCGGCGACUCGAUCGAAACACUCACCUACUCCUCCCCCACCAUCGCCGACUUCCUCACCCUCGCCCUCGACGUCCCCUGCACCCUCGCCCGCUUCAACUCCACCUCUUCCACCCUCCGCCACAGCAAAGUCCACCUGAAACCUGCCCACCAACCCGACCCCAGCAUCCCGCGGCCGCUCAUGCUCUCCAACGAAUCCCCAAUCCUCAUCAUCACCCGCUCCUCCCUCAACCGCCUCAACGAAACCAUCAAAUCCCACGGCGGCAAAGCGGCCCAUCCCUCCGUCUUCCGGGCUAACAUCGUGCUCGCGGAGUCCUCGCCUGGGUUCGAGCAGCCGUGGGCAGAAGACGAGUGGAGCAGCGUGAAGUUUGGGGGCGAAGGGCCGAGGCUGGAGGUGCUGGGUGGGUGUCGGCGGUGUCAGAUGGUUUGUGUGGACCAGGAGAGCGCGGAGAGGGAUCGGGAGCCUUUUAGUACGUUGGCGAAGACGAGGAGGGUGGGUGGGAGGGUGUUGUUUGGGGUGCAUGCUGCGUUGGUUGAGGGGAGGGGGAAGGAUGUGAGAGUUGGGGAGUGGGUGGAGGCGGUUGGGAAGGCGGAUGGGGAAGACGGUACUUCUGUGCAGUGA